AUGAAGAAUCCGGCAAAGGGACGGAGGGAUUCCAUCGACGAGUCCUCGGGAUCCGUCGUCGACCCAUCGCAGCCUGUCGGUGGCCACAAAGUAAAGGGUGACUGGGUGCUCUUUCACCCAGUCUACAGUCCUGAAGAAUUGAGGUCCGUUGAGAUUGUUCAUAAGGAAGCCAAGACAUUCUCGGACAAGGUCGCAUAUGCACUCGUAAAAUAUACGAGGCGGCUAUUCGACCUUGUGUCAGGUUACAAGCACCCCGACCACGUGCCUGCUAAUGCUACUCUCGAAGAGCUUCGGAAGAAGGGGUACGUUAUGAAUGAGCACCAGUGGCUCAACAGGAUACUUUUCCUGGAAGCCAUAGCGGGUGUACCUGGUAUGGUAGCUGCAACAGUAAGACAUUUACGCAGUCUCCGUCUCAUGAAACGAGACUCGGGCUGGAUACACACCCUGCUGGAGGAAGCCGAAAAUGAGCGCAUGCAUCUCAUGACCUUCAUGACUCUACGGAACCCCUCUGCCCUCUUCCGAGCCUUGGUGCUGGGCGCUCAAGGCGUUUAUUACAACAUGUUCUUCCUUUCUUACCUUGUGUCUCCAAAAAUGUGCCAUCGCUUCGUUGGCUACCUUGAGGAAGAGGCAGUCAUAACCUACACGCGAUGCAUCGAAGAAAUCGAGGCAGGCCGCCUCCCAGCCUGGGAGAACGUGGCAGCGCCCGAGAUCGCCAAGGACUACUGGCGCCUGGGGCCGGACGCGAAGCUGCUCGACGUGCUCUACGCGGUGCGCUCCGACGAGACGACACACCGCUUCGUCAACCACAGCCUCGCGAACCUGAAUGUCAAGGAGGACACGAACCCGUUUGCGCUGCGCGAGCCGGACAUGCACGUCAAGGGGCGCAAGGUCGCAUUUGAAAGGGAGGAGGCGGCGCGGUACGUUGAGGAGUCGCAGAAAAUGCUCAAUGAGCAGCGAGUGACGCAGUGA